AUGUUUAUUUGUUUAGAUCAAUGUACUACGACCUCGGACUCCGAAUUCAAAGAUUUUAAUGAUGUUCUUUUGCUGACAGUGGACGAUACGGAGUUUAAAGAAGCGCAAAAAAUAUUAAAGAAUGUCGAAAUACACAGCAAGAAAGACAAAAGUGACAAAAACUGUUGCUUUGGAGAAAUAGGUAGAAAUAAAGUGACGCUCUUGAAAGUUCCACACUUCGGCAAGACCGACGCUUCGUCAGGACAUAACGUUCUGGUUUAUGACACAGUCCAAGAACUUAAACCGAAAGCUAUUGUUAGUCUGGGAGUUUGCGAUGGUGUAAGGAAAGAAGCACAUUUCCUUGGUGAUGUCAUCGUGUCAUCACAAGUUUACUUUCUUGAGCAACAGCAUGACGAUUUGUCAGAUUUUGAUUGUACAGCGUAUGACUGCAAUUUGGGACUGGUGCAUUUGUUCGACCGUGGGAAAUUUGCGUGGGUUGGUCCUUGUGAAAAUGUAGUAGUUCCAAAAGUACGUGUUGGUCAGUUGACGACAGGUUUACAAGAUGGUGACGACAAAAAGAGGGAUUCGCACAAAGCGGGAACCAUUGGAGUAGACACAGGGGCAAAAAGUAGGUAUACUAAUGCGAGUGAUCGGACUUAUUUCCUGUGA